GCGGCAGCCGCGCGGGGCGAUGCUGAGGGUGCGGUGUCUGCGCGGCGGGAGCCGCGGCGCCGAGGCGGUGCACUACAUCGGCUCUCGGCUUGGAAGAGCUUUAACAGGAUGGGUGCAGCGAACUUUCCAGAGCACCCAGGCAGCUACAGCUUCCUCCCGGAACUCCUGUGCAGCUGAUGACAAGGCCACUGAUCCUCUGCCCAAGGACUGCCCUGUCUCCUCUUACAACGAGUGGGACCCUUUAGAGGAAGUGAUCGUGGGCAGAGCAGAAAACGCCUGUGUCCCACCAUUCACCAUGGAGGUGAAGGCCAACACAUACGAAAAGUACUGGCCAUUUUAUCAGAAGCAUGGAGGUGACUAUUUUCCCAAAGAGCAUUUGAAAAAGGCUGUUGCUGAAAUUGAAGAAAUGUGCAAUAUUUUAAAAAUGGAAGGAGUUAUAGUGCGAAGACCUGACCUCAUUGACUGGUCACUGAAGUAUAAAACUCCUGAUUUUGAAUCCACGGGUUUAUACAGUGCGAUGCCUCGAGACAUCCUGAUGGUUGUGGGAAAUGAGAUUAUUGAGGCUCCUAUGGCAUGGCGUGCACGUUUCUUUGAGUACCGAGCAUACAGAUCAAUUAUCAAAGACUAUUUCCAUCGGGGUGCCAAGUGGACCACAGCUCCUAAACCCACAAUGGCUGAUGAACUGUAUGACCAGAACUACCCCAUCCAUUCUGUGGAAGACAGACACAAGUUGGCUGCUCAGGGGAAAUUUGUGACAACUGAGUUCGAGCCAUGCUUUGAUGCUGCUGACUUCAUUCGAGCUGGAAGAGAUAUUUUUGUACAGAGAAGCCAGGUUACAAACUAUCUGGGCAUUGAGUGGAUGCGUAGGCAUCUUGCUCCAGACUAUAGAGUUCAUGUCAUCUCCUUUAAAGACCCCAAUCCAAUGCAUAUUGAUGCCACCUUCAACAUCAUUGGACCUGGUCUUGUGCUGUCCAACCCUGACCGGCCAUGUCACCAGGUUGAUCUUUUCAAGAAAGCAGGAUGGACUAUAGUUACUCCUCCAGUACCUAUCAUCCCAGAUGAUCAUCCACUCUGGAUGUCGUCCAAAUGGCUUUCCAUGAAUGUCUUAAUGCUAGAUGAAAAGCGAGUUAUGGUAGAUGCCAAUGAAGUCCCAAUUCAAAAGAUGUUUGAGAAGCUGGGUAUCAGUACCAUAAAGGUCAACAUUCGAAACGCUAAUUCUUUGGGAGGAGGAUUCCACUGCUGGACCUGCGAUGUCCGUCGCCGAGGCACCCUCCAGUCCUACUUUGACUGAGAAGGCCUGAUGUGCCUUGGGGCAUGGUCUCAGACACCCAAGAAGCCUAGGGCAAGGUUUAUUCUCCUGCUUUAAAUCGUCUGAACUCUAUAGUGCUUUAAUGUUGAUACAGCCAUAUGCAUAACAGGGCUUCCCAGCCUGUUUUACUUGUAUUGUUUUUCUUUGACAUAAGGAAAAUAACUUCUACUAGAUAUUACUUUCUUCUUCUAAAGUUUUUCCACUAUUUGGCUUCAGGUAUAAAAAUGGAGUGAAUGUGUACCAAGACAAAAAUCUGUCACUUGAGUAACUUGGCCACUAAAAUUUAACCAUCUACCUCUGGUUUUAAUUUUCUUUCCAAAAGGCAGCUUGAAAUGUUGGUUCUAACUUCUUUUUUUUUUUUUUAUUU